ACACCAGAAACCGACACACCCUAUGUCCGCUUUGCCAUCGACCAGAUCACAAGAGAUGAGGACGAGACCGAAGGAAAGCCAUGGCUUGGUCCUGAGUUCGGUAAUGCAUACGACGAAGGCCCGAUACCCCUGGAGCAUGAAUAUCCUCCCGUGCCUGAUUUGCCGUUUGAUGAUAUUGAACCAAUCCCCAUACCGCCACGAAGCCCACGACGCAAGAGCAGUCAGACACCGGCACAACAUCCCUUGCAACAGCAGAUGAGCCUGUUUACGCCAUUCGAGCCUCUUGCCGACUCUUUCUAUGCUCCUCUGACCGCACUGCCACCCGUCCUUCGCCCAGUACGCCUUGGUGUCUUCAUCUCGCUCGUGACGCUCUACUUGAUUGCUCUCAUCUUUGCCGCAAUCUGGUCUCGUGUGCGCACUGGCUUGUGCAACUAUGGAUCCCUUGGUGAUGGAACUUAUUUCGUUUUCCAAUACUUGCCUACGCUUUUGGGCAUGGUCUUGCUCCUUUGGCUCUUCGAGAUCGAGAAGGCUGUGUAUAGGAUUGCACCUUUCAUCGCUCUAGCAUCCAAGACCUCCACGACUCGAGGAUUCGGCGCUAUAUUGCCCAUGUACCCCUCGAGCUUCGCACUUCCUUCUUUCAAACACGCCAGAGCGGGUCAGCGUGCCAUUGGCAUCUUCUUGAUCGCCUCAUGGCUUACACUAUUCACCGUCCCUCUGCUGGCUUCUUCCUUCAAUGUCUACUUCCGCGGAACUCCCGGUCAAUGGGUCUGGCUUGCCACGCAAGGAACGAUCUGGACUGCGAUUGCGCUGUACAUCAUCUUGCUGACGGCUUCCAUCGCCCUAUGGAUCUUCCUCCACCGCAGAGGAACCGGACUCAAAUGGGAUGUUCGCACUUUGGCCGAUUUGAUCGUACUCACCGAGCGCAGCAACAUUCUCGAUCACUUUGCUGACAUCGGUGUCAACGUCAACAAGUACGAGCUCUGGGGCCACAGUACCGAGAGACAGGACCGACUGGGAUACUUCAACACUGCUUACAACCCUAAUGAUGUGUUUCACACCUUGGGCGCGCCAAACAGACCUGCGAGACCGUAUAGUGCUGAUGAAAGCAUUCUUAGUGAGAAACUGCUUGGUGGUCAACCCCCCAACUACUCAAACAUUAACGAGGCAGAGUAUGGUAGACCUUACAGCUAUGGAUCUACUGGUACGCACAAUACCACUGAUCUUGUCUUGCAACCUGACAACACCGACAACUAUCUGCCCUGGUUCCUCCGUACCGGUUUCGCCUUUAUCUGGGUCAUACUCGCGCUAGCCUUACUCCUCCUAUUCCUGGUUAUCUCUUACCUCCCUUCAACAGCCAUCAAUACUGGAUUUGUACCAAACUUGCCGGAAGCCGUCAACAGACUCGGUUUCUCCUCCUCCAACUUCCUAUACUCUUUCAUCCCAUCUCUACUCGGCCUUCUCUGUCUGCUAGUCUGGCAACCUAUCGACCUCGCCUUCCGCCGCCUACAACCUUAUGCCUCAAUGUCUUCAGCCGGCGGCUGUCUAGCAGAGAAAAGUCUGCUGCUGUCCUACACUUCCGACGCACCUUUCGUCGUCACCCUCAAAGCAGCAGUGAACGGCCACAUCCGCGUUGCCCUCCUGAGCUUCAUUUCCCUCAUCGCGGCAAUCCUUCCCAUUCUCAGCGGCGGCGUCUUCUGGAGCCAAUUCUACAUCUCUCAGCAACGCGUGCGUGUGAGCGCCGACAUGAAAGCCUUUUACGCCUUGACAUUCUUCCUCGCCAUCUACGCUCUGUCAUACACAUUAGCGUUCGCAGGCCACAAACGCGCAUUACCCAACCGCGGCAUCACUCUCGCCGAUCAGAUCUCCCUGCUGCAUCAAAGUCGUUUACUCAAUGAUGUUGCUUUCCACGCUCCAGCUACAAAGACCGCUUUGGUGACUCGACUGCUUUCUCCUCCUGUGGGUGAGAGAACCAGCUAUCAUCAACAACAACAUGCAGAUGCAGAAGCAGGGGGGGUUACGGGCAGUAAAAUCUCCAUUGCGGAUUCUCUGCGCGGGUUUGGGAGAGCUAGAGCUGAUGCUGGUGGGGUGGUGGUGGGGAGUGUAGAGUUGCCGAGGUAUGCGUAUGGCAAGUAUUACGGCAGGGAUGGGAAACAGCAUGUUGGUGUUGAUCGAGUGGGUAGACCUGGU